CAAUCGCUCCUGCCAUCAUCUUCCUCCUCUGCACCACUCAAAACCACACCCCCUUCCAUCCUCCCUCUGCGCCAGCCUCCCUCCCUUCCUCGCCCAGCCGGCCAUGGAAGCUCUGGCCGUCGCCUCGCCGGCCGCGGCACGGCCGCAGCCCCGUCGACGACGCCUCGCCGCAGGUUCGUCGUGCCAGAGGAGGACAAGCCAGCUGCACACCUCCUUCAGCGGCGUCACCGUGCAGCUGCAGAAGCCAUUGCACCCAACGACUAGUUCCCGGCGAUCAUCGUCGGUGGUGGCGAUGGCGAUGACGUCGCGGCCGUCGAUCCAGUUCAUCCAGGGCACGGACGAGCAGACGAUCCCGGACGUGCGGCUGACCAAGUCCCGGGACGGCAGCAACGGGGUGGCCAUCUUCACCUUCGAGCAGCCGUCGGUGUUCGACUCGUCGGCGGAGCUGGGCGACAUCACGGGGUUCUACAUGAUCGACGAGGAGGGGACGCUGAGCUCCGUGGACGUCAGCGCCAAGUUCGUCAACGGCAAGCCGGCGGCCGUGGAGGCCAAGUACGUGAUGCGCACCCCCAGGGACUGGGACCGCUUCAUGCGCUUCAUGGAGCGCUACUCCCAGGCCAACGGCCUCCAGUUCCUCAAGAAGUAGCAGCCAUCUCCGUCCAUCCAAUCCAUCAUCAUCAUCCAUGAAUAAAUCUUUUGAUUCUUUUUCUUCUACCUUUUCUUUCAAGGAUUCCUGACAGAAACUACGUAGCUGCUAUCUAUAGCUGCAUUGAGUUCAGUCAUCACCGUGACUGCUGAUUUGUGUCAGUGCUCUGUUGCUGCGUGCCUUAUUCAUGCUGCUUUCUCUCCUUGAUUCUUUGGUAAUAUGCUUUUUUGAACAA